ACAAAACAAUUAAAGAACUCUCCCAAAUUCGAAUGGGAUCUCCAUUUCUGGCUUGGACGAAAUACAUCACAAGAUGAGAAAGGUGUGGCAGCCUACAAGACGGUCGAGCUUGAUGAUAGCCUUGGGGGAGCUCCGGUGCAGCACAGAGAGGUUUGAGUCCAUUUUAGACUCGGGAUUUUAUUCUAGUCUUUGUGAUGAAGAGAAUUCAUAGGUAAAUAUAGCAUUUGUCAAGAAAAGAAAAGGGCUUGUCGAUCUAGUUUUGGGAUCCCACACGAACAAUGGACCUUAUGUAUGUUGUUACGUACUGUUAUCAACAUGGAUAAAUUAAUCACUUAUUUAAGUAUAUGGCUCGUUCUAAAAAAGUGCACAACAAAAGACGAUACCAUAGGAUAAAUACAAUAACAAAGAAUAGAAUACUCAAACCCGGGCUAGUUACAGUUAAUAAGUUUUAUUAAUUUAAUAAUAACAAUUACAAAAUAAAAAAAGAAAUAUAAUUAAAGCUAUUGACUUACAGUAUAAUGUUUGGUUUGCACUGGUACAAUGUCGAAGAAGAUACAAAGUUGUAAAAUGUACAAUGAUGAAAAUAAAUCUGAGCACACAGUAAAAAAAGCUCUCUGUCAAAAAUAGAACGUGUUCCAAAAGAACUCUCUUCUGUCGUCUCCGAAUCUGACGUUCAAUCCCUUGGCUUCAUAUAGCCUGUUUCUUUAGACGAUUCUAGAAGGCUACGCAUUGUACUCGCCUCCCGCUGCUUCUACAAUAUUCUACUAAAUCGAAUCAUGAAACAGACCAUAGAUUUAUUAAUUGUACCCGAGGUUAAAGGAAGACUAUAAUAGUAAGUCACGCCCUACUACUCGGGCAACCGAACUUGGGGGUCAGUUUAAGUUCAUUCACAAGAAAAGAUGAAUGAAAAUAAAUGGGGCGCCAUAACAAUGUAUCCUUGAGUUUAUUUAGAUCCAUUUGCAGAUAUUUCAAGAUAAGUAAUGCUGUUAUUAAUGAUUAACUUUGAAUUAUAAAAUAUUCUUGACUUCCUGCUGUGACAUUAAGUAGUGCCCCCAUUAUCUUAAAGAAACCAGAGAAUUGAGGAAGACAGUCAUGUUAGUCCCUAUCUGUUAUGACUUGACAUCGAUUAUACUUCUUGAGAUUGGCAGGUCUACUCUAAACUAGUGUGGAAAUAGUCAUUGCAACUCUUAGUCAUCAUUUUUUGUUGUUGUGGGGGGGGGGGUGUUAUAUAUUUAUAUCUAUAAAACUAGCUCCAUUGAAGUUGUAAAUAUUAUUUUUUUAAAUAAUCGUUGUUAGUCAUUAUGGGUUGUUGUUGAUGUUGUUUUUGGUCUGUUACCUUUUUUGAAGAAUAGGUUUAAUUAAGGAAACAUCGUAAUUUAUCAUUAAAUUAAACCGUAUGCAAAUCAAAAUGCCUUAGAGUAUUGUCUCAAAACUGUAUACCGAUGUCUUACUUAUAUACUUAAUCGAUUUAAUCCUCUUAAAAUUAGCUACUCAUCAAACAACAUUUAGCUCUUUAUUGACCACAAGGAAAUAGAAAAUUAAAAUUUUGUUGCUAACUUUCGCCUGAAGGUACAAGACCACGAAUCGAAGCUAUUCUUGUCCUACUUCAAACAUGGAGUUAAGUAAGUCUAUUCAACGUCAUUAAAUUAUGCAUAGAAAAAAUUGUCCCCUUAUAGAAAAAGACAUACUAAAUUUAAAUAAAUAUAAAAAGUAAAGUGAUACGUUUUGAUGAAAUUGGUGGUCACGUUUCAAUUUUAAACAUGGUUUCUCGACAGACACUUCAUAACGAGAAUUUAAUCGAAAGACAUAUUAUUAUUAUUAUUAUCAGGUGGUUUUGUAUAGCGCAGAACCCCAGCCUAGGGCUAGGCUCACUGCAGAACCCCAGCCUAGGGCUAGGCUCACUGCAGAACCCAAGCCUAGGGCUAGGAUCACUGCAGAACCCCAACCUAGGGCUAGGCUCACUGCAGUACCCCAACCUAGGGCUAGGCUCACUGCAGUAUCCCAAACCUAGAGCUAGGAUCACUGCAGUACCCCAACCUAGGGAUAGGCUCACUGCAGUACCCAAACCUAGGGCUACGAUCACUGCAGUAUCCCAGCCUAGAGCUAGGCUCACUGCAGUACCCCAGCCUAGAGCUAGGCUCACUGCAGUACCCCAGCCUAGAGCUAGGCUCACUGCAGUAUCCCAGCAUAGAGCUAAGCUCACUGCAGUACCCCAGCCUAGAGCUAGGCUCACUGCAGUACCCCGGCCUAGAGCUAGGCUCACUGCAGUAUCCCAGCCUAGAGCUAGGCUCACUGCAGUACCCCAGCCUAGAGCUAGGCUCACAGCAGUAUCCGAGCCUAGAGCUAGGCUCACUGCAGUAUCCCAGCCUAGAGCUAGGCUCACUGCAGUAUCCCAGCCUAGAGCUAGGCUCACUGCAGUACCCCAGCCUAGGGCUUGGCUCACUGCAGUACCCAAACCUAGGUCUAGGCUCACUGCGCUUCACACAUAAAAAUUAGCAAA